GAAUGAUGACAUUAAAAUGAAUGACAAAAUAAAAACGAGUGAUGAAAGAAAAAUGACUAAUGACAUGAAAACGAGUGAUGAAAUGAAAAUGAAUGAUGAAAUGAAAAUGAGUGAUGAAAUAAAAACGAAUGAUAACAUUAAGACGAAUGAUGAAAUGAAAAAAACUGACAACACGAAAACAAAUGAUGGAAUGAAAACUAAUGAUGACUGAUGAAAUGAAGCCAACUGACAACAUGAAUGACAUGAAAGCGAGUGAGAGUGUACAUUAAUUUCUGUUAUUGUAAAAUCAUGUUAUAAAAUUAUUUAUUUGUUAUGUUAUGCAUGAACUGAUUUGACUGUAGUGCUUUUCAAUUUUAAUUUUAGUGUUCUUAAAAAAAUAAAAAUAAAAAAUAAAGGCUUAAUCAAUAUAUGGCA